CUGUGCGUCGGCGCAGUAGCGAAGAAAAAACACUUUCGUAUACUGGUCCUUGUCUUCAGGAACUGACGUAUCCCACGCAUUGCGCAGGCCUGGUCACCACCAGCAGCCACGUCCAGUGAAAUGAGAGAGGUCGACUGCACAUCAACAUGAACGCCAACCGGUACGCCACCAAGAAGACCGUGGCGCAGGGCAUGCUGGACGUGGCCCUGCUCACGGCCAACACCGCGCAGCUCAAGAGCCUCAUCCUGCGGGGCGCCCAGCAGGAAUUCUACACCCUGCUGCUGGUGCUCCUUAGCCUCUCCAUAGGGCUGCAGAUCAUGGUGGGCGUCCUGUUCCUCCUGCUGGGUUUCAUCAACGUUAACGACCAGAAGAACCACCGGCUCGCCGACAUCCUCAACAACGUCUCCACCGCGGCCGUGUUCGGCAUCACGGUCGUUAACGUAAUGGCUGCCUCCUUCGACGGCCGGGACGGCGCCGUCGGCCUGAUGCUCCAGCAGCCGCCCAACCUGGGCAAGCCCUCGGGGCCCCAGUGAGCUCGGGUCGCUCAGCGUCCAUGCCCGGACGACCCGGCGGCGUCGUCACAUCGGUUUUGGUCGCCAUGUAUGGACUCGCCCGCUGUUCUUUCAUCUUGCUGUUCACGAGAGGAUAUCGCGCAGUCUUCAUUUUGUCUCUUCGUGAACUCAAUUAAAAAGCGCACUUUUCCGCGACUAAACCGGUGGAACCACGUAGGCCCACUCGUCCGUCACUGAAUGUCUCGACAACCAUCGUCUGGAGACAUGGGAGCUGGCGAGAAAGUGGAGACGACGUGGAAUAACGCAGUGUC